AUGGCUGAACAAACGACGACAUCAAAACCCGAAAAGAAGCCGGUAACUGGCGACUACGACCUCUCGACGCCAAUUGACCCCAAUUCCACGGGGUUGCGGCAAGGUCUGACGUCGUAUGGCGACGCCCACUUCUCCCUCUUCCUUCGGAAGGUCUUCAUUAAGGCCCUCGGUUACAGCGAAGAUGCCCUCUCGCGGCCCAUCAUCGGCAUUGUCAACACAUACUCCAGCUUCAACCCUUGCCAUGCAAAUGUACCACAGCUGAUUGAGGCUGUGAAGCGCGGCGUCCAGCUUAACGGCGGCUUGGCGAUAGACUUCCCCACUAUCAGUAUUGCUGAGAGCUUCGCAUCGCCGACGAGCAUGUACCUGAGGAACCUGAUGAGUAUGGAUACGGAAGAGAUGAUCAAGGCCCAGCCAUGUGAUGCUGUUGUUCUUAUCGGAGGAUGCGAUAAGACGACGCCGGCUCAACUAAUGGGCGGCAUCUCCGCCAACAAGCCUAUCUUGCAUUUGGUAACAGGUCCUAUGAUGCCUGGAAGCCAUAAAGGUGUAAGAAUCGGCGCGUGUACAGAUUGCCGCAACAACUGGGCGGCAUACAGAGCCGGUAAGAUUGAUAUCGAAGACAUCUCAGCCAUCAAUGAUGAGCUUGCGCCAACGGGCGGAACCUGUGGCGUCAUGGGCACCGCAUCAACGAUGGCGUGUAUCCUAGUCGGUCUGGGCAUGAUGCCUUUCGCCGGCGCAACUGCGCCAGCUGUUUCCUCCGCUAGACUUCGUAUUGCUGAGCAGACCGGUGGCCUUGCCGUGGCGUUGCACAAGCAGAGACUGAAGCCACAGGAGCUGCUAACCCGCGAGUCUUUCUUGAACGCUAUCACCGUUUUACAAGCUAUCGGCGGCUCGACCAACGCCGUCGUGCAUUUAAUGGCGAUCAUCGGUCGUCACCCAGCGGUAGCUGGGACCAUUACACUCGACACAUUUGAUGAGAUCGGCCGCAAGACGCCACUUAUUGUCGACCUGAAGCCAAGCGGAGACAACUACAUGACUGAUUUCCACAAUUCCGGCGGGAUGUUGGCUCUCCUGCACGAGAUCAAGCAUCUCUUGCAUUUAGAUGCCAUGACGGUGACGGGUAAGACUCUGGGAGAAGAGCUGGCCACGACACCAUUCAUCCCCGUUCCCCGAGAUAGCUUGGUGAACUGUCUGCAACCUUUCAACGAUCCUUUGUACCCCGCUUCUGCGCUGGCCGUUCUCCGAGGAAACAUCGCUCCAGGAGCUGCUAUAAUCAAGCAGAGCGCGUCGAAAUACAAACACUUGUUGAAGCAUUCUGGUCCUGCUGUCGUGUUCGCCGGUUCCGCAGAUCUUGCCCGCCGAAUCGACGACCCGAACUUGGACGUCACCCCUGACAGCGUUCUUGUUUUGCAAAAUAUUGGUCCCGUGGGUAACCCAGGAAUGCCAGAGGCGGGACUUAUUCCUAUUCCCAGAAAGCUUGCCGAGCAAGGCGUGCAGGACAUGCUGCGUUUGUCUGAUGGCAGAAUGAGCGGCACAGCUGGCGGGACUAUCGUGUUGCAUAUCUCGCCCGAGGCAGCGGAUCCAGAAUCUGUCCUUGGCAUUGUCAGGGAUGGCGAUAUCAUCACUUUUGACGCGGAGCAACGGAUCAUCAAGGUUGAAAUAUCUGACGAGGAGAUACGCAAGAGAAUAGAUGAAAGGUUGCAGGCUCUGGAGAAGGAGGAGGCAAAUGGCGGCAGUGAUGCGCCCUGGGUCGCUAAGAAGCGAAUCAGGGGCUACCGCGGACUAUACCUGCGUUCAGUCAACCAGGCUGAGGGUGGAGCAGACUUUGACUUUUUGACAGCAAACGGACCUGCAGGGGGUUAUUGA